AUGAGUGCCAGGAGGAGAUCUGGAGAGCGGCAGCCCUACAACCGAACUACUCUGGAGCAAAAGGAGACUCUCGUCAAACUCCUUCAAGUCGAUGGACUAACAAUUCAUAAUGCUGCUGAAAUGGUUGGCGUCAACGAGAGCACGGCAAGGAGCAUCGUCGGUGCCUACAGACGGAAAGGUACGGUCAUUGCACAUCGUCAUGGAGGCGGAAAGAAAACGAAGCUGACUCCUGAGGUCUUGAGGCGCAUUGAAGGCAUCGUUGAAGAACAACCAGAAGCUACUCUACAACAGAUACAGCGACAACUGGCUGACUGGGACGUUGAUUUGGCCAUAUCCACGAUCUCCUGCGCUCUAACAAAGUUGGACAUCACGCUCAAGAAAUGCCAUUACGAACCCGACCGCGCCAGCAACAUGAUCGGGUCCAACCUCCAUCUUAGAAGGUCCCAAACUCGUGCAGUAAGGAAGAAGCGAGCCAGCGUCGCACCGCCAACGAUGUUUCGAUGCACACUGUGUCAAACUAUGCAACCAGAAGGGCAUAUUCACCCUUGCUGGUCCGACAGCGCCUCGAAUAUUAUACUACUGUCUUCUCUAGUCAAUUAUGGUGUUCUCGCAUUGGAUGAGGCAAAAGUUAUCUACAAGGAUUUACCUAACGGUGUCAAAUAUAUUUGUGAUGAACACUACGUCAAGGCUGUUCUCUUUCUUGUUGGGGACAUUGAACAGUCAUGGCGCAGUUUCUCGCUGGAUGUAAUUGAUGAUAUUCCGGUGAAUGUCAUUCUGGAUAUUGUGGCGCUUCUUCAAGAUUCUGCUUUAUUCAUGGAUGAUAAUAUUCGUCUGGAAGCGAAACAUAUUCUCACUUUUUUAAAAGAGUGCAUGACGAGAUAUGAGAAGGUGAAAGAACUGCAGCACAGGCUUUCAUUUUCGGAUCCAACCCAUUCACAUGUUGAUGACGAUGACGAGGUUUUGCCACAUUCUCAUCGAAGCUCCCCGUUCGAUGAUGCCGACCAAACGCAGGAUUCUGCAUGUUCAGGUAUCGAUCAAUCAGUGUUAUCUGCCGAUGUGAAGGAAGAAAAACCUGAGACCUCGAAAGGUGCUCAUUCAUCAUCAAAUAACUCAGAAUCAUUGCAAGAAGACUCCGCACGACUAACUGGGCGCUUCUGUUUGUUGUGCGAUGUUUGUCGACCUGAAAAGGAGUUGCGUACAACGUCGAAAAAUUCUGCUCAAAGUGUUAUACUUAUUGGAUCACUUUAUAUGGACAAUUUGAUCGAUAUUAGCACCGCUCGCCGAGCUUAUGACGAUACACAAUUCAAGCGUGUACGAAUUUGUAGGAAUCAUUUUGUUGAAGCUGCUCUAUUCAUUAGCAAACAAGUACAACGGCUUUGGGGUAGUUAUCCUGGCCAUGGAUUCCAAAUACCCGGUGCAGUACGGCUAGAUUGCGUGUUGGUUUUUCAGAAGUUUGCACGCUCUCUUGAAAAAGGUCUGGUUCAUCUCAAUGAGACUGAUCUAACUCGAUUUUACAAUGAUUGCAUGGCAAGGUAUCAUGACGAAGUCUGUUGGAGACGUGUAAAGGAUCCUCCGAAAGUGAGCGAAAGCAUCCCGGUUCCGUCGUCAUCAACUAGUCAUUCUCCCAAAAGUGCGGAAAAUGUCACCAAUGAUGAUGAAUCAGGAUCCGAUCUCGCAAGUCGUAAGCGCAAACUUUCGAGUGCUGACAUAUCAGAGGAUCAAAUCAGCGGCAAGAAGUUGAAACGCCCAGAAAAUCAUUUCUGCGCAGUGUGUGGCAUUUCACGUCCAGCAGAGGAAUGUCGUGAAGCGUCAUUAUACGAUAUCUUAAUCGUAAUUGCAUGCUUGGUAAUGGACUUCAAAAUAGAUGUACAUACAACUAAGAAGUUGCGUGAAGAGGUUCUCCAUGGAUGGAGGUACUUAUGUAAGAAGCACUAUAUUGAGGCAGUAAGUUUCUUCACAACUUCUUCUCAACUUACUUUCAUCCCAAAGAAGUAA